AUGGAGGAGGGCCACCUCAGUGUGAGAAUAGUGGUGGUCAAUUACCACAUGACAACCCCAACUCUUAAUUUGGAUCCAACAUACAGCAGUUUCAGAGGAUCAGGAAUUCACAAGGUUCCUGUGAUUCGCAUUUUUGGAUCCACCCCCAAUGGUCAGAAGACAUGCCUACACAUACAUGGCAUAUUCCCAUACUUUUAUGUCCCUUAUGAUGGAAGCAUUUCACCAGAAAGAGUAUGUCACAUCUUAGCAGCUAGCCUUGACAAGGCCCUCAAUCUGGCAAUGGGUCAACCAGAGAGCUCAACACAGCAACAUGUCUACAAAGUUGUGAUGGUAUCUGGUUUACCCUUCUAUGGCUAUCAUCGGCGUGAGUGUCAGUUUCUGAAGGUGUUCUUCUACAACCCACUCAUCAUAAAGAAGGCAGCAGAUCUUCUCCUCAGUGGAUGCAUAAUGGGUCAGUCCCUUCAACCUCAUGAGACCCACAUCCCAUUCAUCCUCCAGUUCCUCAUGGACUUCAAGCUAUAUGGAAUGAACUUGAUAAAAUGCAAGAAUGUCAAGUUUCGCCGCAAGACAUUUGAUUUGAAAGAACUCACUGGGAUCAAAGAUCAGAGCAGUGUUUCCUUCAUGGGGAAUGCUAGCAGCUUCCCUUCUUUGCAGUCUUCAUCUCAUUCCUCCAGGGGAUCUCAGUGCCCUUUCUAUGACCCAGGGUCAUUGCCAGAGUCCCUCCUGUUACCUGAGUCAGUACCACGUACUUCCACCUCUACUUUGGAAGCUGAUGUCCGGGCAUCUGACAUACUCAAUCCAGCAGAUGCUUCCAGGCUGAAAGGGCAGAAUCCAGGGAUAGUGGAGAUCUGGCAUGAGGAGCGUGAGAGGCGAGGAGACAUGGGAUUUGGCAAAGAGAAUACUUUGACCCCACCCUCAUCUCCAGAUCGCAAGGAGCAUCCUCCCACUGACAGCCACUUAUUCUAUGAAUCACGUCUCUUGAAACGACUGUCUGAACCCAGCUCUGCUCAGGGGAUGGCGAGCCCAAAAGAAAGGGGUUUACUGAAUGUGACACUAGCCCGGGAGAUCAACUCUGAAGAAUCAGGAAGAUUCCCACCUGCAAGUCUUCUGUCAUUGGAUGACAUUGAGAGGAGGGAAGAACCUUCCUCAUGGAUUUAUGACACCCAGGUGGAUGAGGAACUUGUCCUCAGUCUUAGUCAGCACACACCUAAUGUCUUCAGUCAGACUCUAAAUGAGGAGGACAAAGAGUUGGUGGACAUUUUGAUGGGUCUCUCCAAUGAUGGUGGAUAUGAAGAUGGAGACAGACAGGAUCCAGAGGCUGAAGAUGAUGAUACCUUUGAGAUGACACAUUGGAUCUGGCAGCAAGAAGAGGGUGAAUUAAAUGAGCAGACUGAUGAUGGAGGAGAUGAGGAAAUUAUUGAUUGUGCAGAGGAGGGAGGUAAGGUGAUGAAUGACAGAAAAAUUGUGGGGGGAAAAAAGCCAGGUGGGGAAAAUAUUGAAAGAGAACAGGAACUAUAUGAAGAAAAGGUUAAGGAAGAGCAAGAAGAAAAUGGAAUCAUAGAACAGGGAGAUCCUCGAUUGUUAGUUCAAGUUUUGCAAAAGGUGCAAGAAGCAGAUGAUAGCUCUGAGGAGUCUUCAUCUGUGGAUAACUAUGACAAAAUGGGUCACACUGAGGAAAGUGAGGAUUCCCUCAUAUUGAGGGGCCAUGGAUUUGACAAAACCCUCAGAAGAAAAGGUGAAGAAUUGGAUAAAGUUCAGAAGGCUAAGGAAAUCCAGGAGAGAGGAAAUAAUAUCUUGGAGGUAGAUGUAGAGGAUUUGGAUGAAGAAAAGAUCAAGGGAGAGCAAGAGAAAGAAGAACUCUUUGGAGAAAGCAUUGCACAAGCAGUGCAGCAAGAAAUUGUUGGUAGUCCCUUUGGAAAGAAAGAGCUUAAAAGCCUUGAGAAGCCUCAAGGUAUGAGCAAAUAUGAUGAAAUAGGGCACAAAGAAGGAAAUGAAGGUGAUCUCAUUGCAAAAACCCUGCUAGUUGACAAAGCCAGUGGAAGAGAAGGCAAUGAAGCCCUGGAAGAUAUUGACAGGGAAGCAAAAGAGACCAUUUGCACAGAAAUAGCAUACAGACAUUCUUUCAAAGGGCAGAAUGACUUGGAGGAUCUAAUGGAAGAGUUGGGAAGCAUUGAUAGUGAUGCAGACUUAGACAAAUCCAAGGAAAUGAGUCAGGAAGAUGGAAGCAGCUCAGGUGCUGUGGAUGAAGAAUAUCAUCUUACUCCAGGUCAGCGAUGCCAGGAUGACCACAUCUGUCCUGCUCUGAGUCAGCAAUAUCAAAAUGAUCAAGAUGCUCUCAAGGUGGAGGGCCAGGCAGAUGACAAAAGUGAUCCAAGAGAAGAUGAUGAAGACUCUGAACUUGAGAGGAAAGCAAAAACCACCAAGGAUGAUGAAACAGGUGCCUUGGAGGCAGAUCUUGGAGGAUCUUUGAUGGAGAAAGAGCAGGAGAAUCAACUAGUGCAUCAGAAACUUGGAGUUAAAAAAUACGUGGAGAAUCAAAUGGAUGAAACUGUGAACUUUGAAGAUGGUGCUAACAUGAACAAAUGUGAAAAGCUGAACCAAGAGGAGAACAGUAAAGGCUUGGGAGAUGCCAUGGAUGAAGAAGACACUCUCACCCCAGGUCAGCAACGCCAAGAUGACCAAGACAGUGGACAAGAAAGUGAAGAAGGUGACAUGGACCAGAGUGGAGGUAGGAAUAGUUAUACCCUGACAGAAGAGACAGGUUCCAUCAUUGGAAGAUCAUAUGCUGAGCAGUUCAUAGAAGAUGUGAGUGGGGAUGAGCCAGAGGACAGUGUGACCACCAUAGAAGAAUGUCAUGAGGACGAAGAGGAGGCUAUGAUUGAUUCCCUCAUCGAAGAUGGUAGUGAUGACAAGCAAGGUCAUUGUGAUGAUCGAAGCAGAUCAAAUGAUCUAUCCACUCAGGAGAUGGAGGACUUCCUACAAGGAUCUUUCCCAAUCCCACCAACUGACAAUCAGUCUAGCCUCCCUCAGUUGGAUGGACCUAUUGAGGAAUCUAACAUUUCAAACCCAACUUCUCAUGGAGAAUUCCAAUAUAGUAUUUCCCUGAUGGGAGAACCAAGCACCACCCCUGGUUGUGUGAAAAAUCAUGGGAAGAAUGACACUGUUAUGGAUGUGGAUUUCCAGGAGGAUAGCAUACAUGACAUUGCAAUGUUGGAACCUGAAGUGGAGAUUGGAACCCUGGAUUCUAUUUUUGAGGUACCCAACAUCCCAGUUGUGACAGUUGAGGACACCCUCCCAACUGUAGCUGUAAUGGCAACAGGAACCUUUAUGACAAAGGCUGCUAGGAAACUGAUGCCAACCAUUCAGACUAAAGCAGCUCUCAAGGUUGGAUUGAAUCAUUCUGGAAUUCCAAAGGUAAACAGGAACAGUUCAUGUCUUUGGACACCUCAGCAGGAGGAAGCAGCUCGGUGUGCCUUGGGCCUUAAACACUGUGAGGUACAACUUGAUCCAAUGGAGCUUCCAAGUGCACAAGACUCUAAUCCACUCAGAAACCAUCCUUCACCAUCAACAUCAAGCAAGGCAUUAACAGUUGAUAAAAAGUAUGUGAAUGUAACACUGAAGACCAACAAUCCCAGAGCAAUAGCCAAAAAAUCAAAAGUUUCUCAAGGCAAGACAAAAAUGUCAAAGCAUUCUAAAUCGAAGGACAGACAGUCAAAACCCUCCACUUCAUCAAAAGCAGCAGAUGGCAUGGAUGACAUACAUCCUGUGGAAGCAUCCCGUUCCAGGAGGGCAUAUGUUCCUGCUUUUGGUGAUCUUGAUCAGGCAUUGGAAGAGGCAACCUUUGGCCUCAUCAAGGACCUAACCAACCAUGCAAAAGGGAGCACUCACCAAAAGGCAGAAAGAUUGACUGUUGAUGCAGUACCUGUGGUGAAGCUGCAUCGCUUGUCUGCAGAUGAACCAUGUCUAAAAUAUGUGCGGUUGAGUCCUGAUGAUCUGAAAGUCAUCAGUGAGCAUAGGCCACAAAGGAGCUCCACUGCAAGAUCUAAGACAAGGUGCUUGUCUCCAGUCAUUGAAGCUUACUCUGCUCGUGCCAAUGGUGAUCAUGAAACUGAAUGUGAAAAUGCCUUGAUGUACCUCUCAUUCCCAAGUCCUAGGCACAAUGAAGAUGGUUUAUCCCUGCCUUGCCCCAUGUCUCUUUCUGAAAGCCCCUCAGAGAACAGGCUGCAACAAGCUCUUGAAGUCAGUCACAAAAUAACAGCCAUUACUGCUGCAACUGCUGCUGUCACUGAGGGAACUUCUCUCAUAAGUACCCACAGUUCUCAGCAGGAGUCUGUGAACCCCAUAGUGGCCAAAAAAUUUGAUUUCCCACCAGAAUCUUCCUGUAGGCAAACAAGAACCUCCUUUUCUCCUGAUGUUGGUUCUUCUGCCUCUCAUGUGGUCACAAGAAGUAGCAAUAAAAGGGCAUCUGAGAGACAAGCCCUGAAGAGAGAACUGAAGGCAAAUGAAAAAAGAGAAACCAGGCAGACAACAAAAAACCAAUAUGAAGCUAAAAUGAAUCUUCAGACUUUUUCCUUACCAGAGACAUCCUCUCGAAUGACUACAUGCCUUUCAGGAGAUCAACAUGUGAUGGGAACUAUUUCAUCUUCACACAGAGCCAAAGCAACCAAAUUGCUUGAAGAGUCUCCAUCAUCAUUCUCUGUUGAAGAAUGCAAAGCAUUGGAUAAGGAAUUUGCUACAGGAAAAGAAACCCCCUCUUUAAAAGUUAUCAGCAAACUCUCCCCACUAAAAAGUGAUCAUUCUCAGAAGAUAAGAGCUCAGACCUUGAGAAAAUCACAGAGUGACACCCAUCUGACAUUAACAAAACAAGCUUCAUCAUCAAAAGUGGUGAGCAAGAAGGUGGGCAACUCUCAGAUCAAGGGAACCAAGAAUUUUGGAAAAUCCAAGACUGAAACCCAGACUCUAAAGCAAACAAUAAUAAAGGGAGCAACUCCAGAUGAAUCUACCACCCCAUCAUGCCCAAUGAGGACACGCCAGCGCACAACUGAAGCUAAGACUGAAUUCAUGGGAAGAUUGAGCCUAGAACACAGUGGUUCAGACAGACGACGCUCCCUCAACUCUCCUAGAAAUGAGACUCCAUUGAAAAGAAGUAGGCACGAAUCCUUGGACCUUCGAGAGUGCAGUGUGAUGUUGGAACCAUUGUCUCAAGAGGAGCUACAUUCUUAUCUUCCCCCUCUCAUCUCCUUAACAUUUGAUGUUAUUCCACCAUCUUUCAAAGAUGUUAUUGCCACUUUGAAAAACUAUGACAUCCCUGAGGCUAGAAAUGUCAUGCCAUACUUCAGUGAUCCAUCUGAUGCCCCAGCGGAAGCUAAAGUGGUUGGACAGACUGUUUUACGAGUUCCAACAUCAGCAAUCUCAGAGUUGCCAUCAUUUCAAGGUGAUUCAAAGUUUGAUGGAGAGCUACAGUGUUGGAAAGCACAUGCUUUGGCUGAAUCAGACCUAGCAAACAGCAGCAUUAUACAGGACAUUCAACAAGAGGUGGGAAAUGCAGGAUCAUUGGAAAUGCUUUUCACCACAGGAGGAGACACAUGGCUCACCCUUGCUGAAAACCCUCCUGACCCAGUCUCCUUCUUGCCAUGUGCAUUUCAUUUUAUUGAAGAAAUCAUCCAUGAUAUCAUGGACAAUGUUUUUGGAACUGACCACCAAGAAGAGACAGUGUCUGUGUCAUCCAGCAUUGAUUUGUUUGCUACUAGCACCCCAUAUGUUCCAAGUGAAAGUCCUUGUCACAGCACAAUGCCUAACCCUGCUGCACGUCGAUGUUUAGAUUUAGAUGCUAUAGAAGAAGAGUCAUUGCCAUCGCAAGACAAAGAUCCAUUGCCAUUGACGCCUGGUGUUCAGACAGAGAGCCAAGUUAGAGUGAAGCUGCGACCAUCAUCAAGCCAGCUGGAGGGACCAACUCCAGAUCACACUUUUAUGUUUGGAGUCAGUCAUCAAGGACUUCAGGAUGCUGCUGGAAAGAGAGAGCACGAUCACCUGAUGCUUUUGAGUGUAGAAUUGCACACAGAGUCCCGUGGGGAUUUACUUCCUGAUCCAGAAUUUGAUGCCAUUGCAGCUAUAUUUUACUCCUGGUUCCAGGAUGAUGGUGUCAGCAAUUCUCUGAAACCACAGACUGGAGUCUUGGUGCGAGACAUAGAUUCCUUGAAUAAGGAGGCUCCCAUGACCCAUUGUCUCUUGUGGAAAAGUGGAAUAACCUCCAUCCCUGUUGAAUAUGUGGCUGAUGAAACCUCGCUCAUCUGGGCUCUCGUCAACCUAGUCCACAUCCUUGACCCGGACAUUCUUGUUGGAUAUGAGGCAAGUCUUCUUGCCACAAUGCUAAAGUGUUUGCAAGAGACUGAUUUCUCUGGAAAUGUAGCAUCUAUUCAGCACAGUUCCUGGGGGUAUCUGAUGGAGCGAGCAGCUCACCUAAACAUCAUUCUCCCACCUAAGCUGUCGCGCAUCCCUGAGGAUCAAGGGAGUCAAAUGGAUGAGGAAAUAGAUCCAUAUGGAGCAGAGCACUCUUCUGCCAUCCGCAUUGUAGGCAGAAUCACUCUGAAUCUUUGGCGACUCAUGAAGUCUGAGGUGGCUCUCAUGUCCUAUACAUUUGAGAGCAUGGCAUUCCACAUCCUUCAUGAGCGUGUGCCCAAGUUCAGUCAUCGAAAGCUUCAUGGUUGGUGGAAUGGUCCAACCCAGCUCAAUCUCUGGCGGGUUGUAGAGUAUUAUGCUUAUAGGGUCAGUGGGAAUCUGGCCCUGAUGGAGAAGCUGGACCUGGUUGGAAGAACCUCUGAGUUAGCCCGACUCUUUGGAAUCCUCUUCUUUGAUGUUCUUUCACGAGGAUCUCAGUACCGAGUGGAGUCAAUGAUGCUUCGCCUGGCUAAGCCUCACUCCUACAUUCCUGUGUCACCAAGUGUCACCCAAAGGGCUAACAUGAAAGCCCCUGAAUGUCUCCAGUUGAUCAUGGAACCAGAAUCCCGCUUCUAUGCUGACCCUGUCAUUGUGUUGGACUUCCAGAGCCUAUAUCCUUCUAUGAUGAUAGCCUACAACUAUUGCUUCUCCACCUGUGUUGGACGUGUGGAUCUCCUUGGAACGGAGAACACAUUUGAAUUUGGGACAACCUGCUUGCAAAUCCCCCCAGAAGAGGUCCAUGACUUGAUGGAAAGGAAUAACCUUAACAUCUCUCCAUGUGGAGUGGGUUUUGUGAAGGCUUCAAUUCGGAAGGGGAUCCUGCCACAGAUGUUGGAGGAGAUUCUCAACACUCGCAUCAUGGUGAAGCAGUCAAUGAAGCUGCACAAGGACAACAAGGCUCUGAAACGUAUCCUCGAUGCACGUCAACUUGGCCUAAAAUUGAUUGCCAAUGUCACUUAUGGAUAUACAUCAGCCAAUUUCUCUGGGCGAAUGCCUUGUGUUGAGGUAGGAGACAGUGUGGUGAGCAAAGGCAGGGAGACAUUGGAACGAGCAAUUCAUCUGGUAGAGAACAGCUCAGAGUGGAGUGCAAAGGUGAUCUAUGGGGAUACUGAUUCUUUGUUUGUACUUCUACCUGGGCGCACCAAGGAGACGGCAUUUCAAAUUGGCUUGGAGAUGGCUGCUGCCAUCACAGCUGACAACCCAAAGCCUGUGAAGCUUAAGUUUGAGAAGGUCUACAUGCCUUGCAUCCUCCAGACUAAAAAGCGAUAUGUGGGCUACAUGUAUGAAUCUCCAGAUCAGAGGGAAGCAGUAUAUGAUGCGAAGGGCAUUGAAACUAUCUUGGAGAAGAUGCUUCGAACUUUAUUUGAGACUCGAGACUUGUCUAGGGUGAAGGGAUAUGUCCAACGUCAGUUCCAGAAGAUUGUGUCAGGUCGGGUGAACAUCCAGGAUCUAACGUUUGCCAAGGAGUUCCGGGGUCUUGGAGGAUAUAAGCCUGGUGCUUGUGUUCCUGCACUUGAACUCACACGACAGCAGAUGCGAAUGGAUCGACGUGCUGUGCCACGAGUGGGAGAGCGAGUGCCAUAUGUGAUCACUUAUGGUACCCCAGGGGUCCCACUGAUCCAGCUGGUGAAACCCCCACUGGAGGUGGUCCAGGACCCAUCUCUACGCCUCAAUGCUCAUUACUACAUCUCUCGUGUCAUUAUUCCUCCCCUUGACCGGUGCCUCUCCCUCCUGGGUGUAUCUGCUGGCCUUUGG